AGGCUGGACUCGGUCGUGCGGCUGAGAGAUCGUCUUCCUUGGUAUUCACUAGGUUUGCACCAGGCACGCCAUCAUCACAAACUCUGUCUGCGUCUCCAGCCCAGGAGCUGCUCAUCCUCCCUUACCCCGCACUCAAUCACCGCAGAAGCUCGGCCUCGAGAUCAAUAGCUCGAAGAACAUUGACAUCCGUUCCUUGAUUGCGGAUAGCUUCAAUGGAUCGUGCCGUCCGCGAGUAGAGGUAGGUCAGAACGGCCAUUUCGUUCAUGUUGUCUUCGAAGGCUUCUUUCCUCUCUUUCUCUUCCUUUUGAAUUACUCCACUUACAGCAGGAACACGCAAUGAGACAUUCAAACAUCGCAAUCGCUCUCAUCGCUGCCGGCGUCGCAGCACAAAACAACGCUUCGACAGCGAAUGGAUGCAACGAUGGCUUCUACCCUGGGACCGACACUGUAAUCUUUACAGUUCCAUAUACCUACGCGCAAGUAAUGUCGAUCAUUGGCGAUUACAAGAACAUUACAUGGUCUGGAUCUCCAUACGAUACUGUCACCCUCAAUGGGACGGACAACACCGUCGGGACAGCACGAACUUAUGAUAUCGACGGCGCACAUGUCGUGGAGACAAUCACUACAUACUCGAAGUCUCCAAAUGGACCUUACGACGAGAUUCAUGUCCUCAGUCUGAUUACCAUCCCAGAAGCGAAUGUCAGCAUUUAUGCCGAUUAUGAUGGGACGACGGUGACUCCAAUCUGCAGCGGAGCAGCGAGCACUUUCAAUUUCACAAUCAACUUUUGCGCAACGAAUGCCUCACUCGCAGGCUCAAUCCUGCAUACGCUACAUCUCACGGAUGCACAAACCGUUGGGGUGUUCCUUGGAGGACAGAACUUCUCGUCGUGCGGGACAAUCGCGAAUGCAACUGCUACGAGCACUUCCUCUCCUACGUCGACACCUUCGAUGAUUACUACAAAUUCUGCGAAUCGAAAUCUGGUCUCGACCCCGGCUCUCAUACUCGUGGCUGGUCUUCUAGGAUGGGCGUUGUGAGACAAUGCGGGAAUGGCGCUCGAGGAGCUGCGUCCCAAAAUACGUCGAUAGAGUGGGUUGGGUGGCUUGCGUUCUGGACUGUUGAUGAUAGUAGUAUUAUCUACAAUGGAAUACCUCCAGUCGAAUUGAAUGAUUGUUCCUGCUUACUGUACUUCG